UAACUUCCUCUUUCUAUUUCGGCUAAUUAAGAAUAAACCUGAACAUACAAAUUUAAGAAAUAAUUGGUGAAGUGAUCCUAAAUAAAGAGAAAGCAGUUUUUGCAAACAAGAUAACUUGUGCGAAUUUUAUCUCUACAAUUCUUUUAUCUAUCGUCGAAAGCGGCGAUUUUUUUUAUUUCCGGAAGUAUAAUAUAUUCAUAUCUCUAUUAUCGUGUAAGUGACGUAAUUGGAUGUAGCUACGGGAAAAGUGUUCGAGUUGAUUAGGGAGAAGCAAAGAUGGCGGCGGCUGGAGGUGGCGGGGAUUUGGACGCAGGAGGCCACGGCGACGCAGAUGUCAACCACCCUGGCCUGGAGGGCGAGGCGGGGCCAGACUCGGAGCCUGACUCGGAGGUGUUUUCGUGCGUGGCCCACUGCUCCGACCUCGCCUGCCGCCAGAACGAACAGCGGCGGUUAGGCCUCUUCUGUGACGUCACGCUAGCCUUCAGUGGCGGCAGCAAUGAGGAGGAGGAGGAAGAAGAGGAGGGGGGAGUGGGCGGGGCCUCCUCCGGCUCCGACCCCCCGCCGCGAGAGUUCCGGGCGCACCGCUCGGUCCUGGCAGCGGCCACCGAAUACUUCGCUCCUCUCCUUCUGGGCGACUUCGCGGAGUCCCGCUCGGGGCGGGUAGAGUUACGCAAAUGGAGUUCGGGAGCGGGACCAGACCCGGAGACGAUCGAGGCGGUCAUCAGCUUCAUGUACACGGGGACGGUUCGCGUCAGUCCUGGCAACGUGCACGAGGUCCUGGAGUUGGCUGACAGGUUCUUACUAAUACGUCUAAAAGAGUUCUGUGGGGAAUUCCUCAAGAAAAAACUGAGUCUCUCCAACUCUGUAGCCAUUCACAGCUUAGCUCAUAUGUACUCUUUGAACCAACUGGCUUUAAAAGCCGCUGAGAUGAUCAGGAGGAACUUCUACAAAGUCAUCGAAGAUGAAGAGUUCUAUACUUUGCCAUUUCACCUUAUUAGGGACUGGCUUUCAGAUUCAGAAAUCACAGUCGAUGCAGAAGAGAUUCUCUUUGAAAUGGUUUUAAAGUGGGUCAAGAGAAAUCCUGACGAAAGAGAAAAGUACUUUGGAGAGCUCUUUAAGCUUCUCCGACUAUCACAAAUUAAAGCAACCUAUUUGACUCGGCAUGUUAAAUCUGAAAAGCUGGUAUCAAGCAAUGAAGCAUGCCUCAAACUUGUGUUGGAAGCAGUGGAAAGCCAUGCUCUCAAGGGUGAAAAUUUUCAGCUGGGUACACUCCAGCAAGUUAACUCCCCCAUCUCAUCUCUGCCUCGUUUUGGCCAAAACAUGGAUGUUAUCAUGGUCAUUGGUGGUGUGUCUGAGGGAGGUGAUUACUUGAGUGAGUGUGUGGGGUACUUUAUUGAUGAAGAUAGAUGGGUGAAUUUACCACACAUACACAAUCACCUUGAUGGACAUGCUGUGGUAGUAACCGAAUCCUAUCUUUAUGUGGCAGGUUCCAUGGAGCCUGGCUUUGCCAAGACCAUGGAAAGAUAUAACCCAGGUAGAAAUGUUUGGGAGCAGGUUUCCAAUCUGAUAACCAGGAAGCAUUCUUUUGGAUUUACUGAGGUAAAGGGAAACCUGUACAGUAUUGGUGGCCAUGGGAAUUUUAUCCCUGGCUUUAAAGAUGUAGCUGUCUACAACCCUGAUCAAGAUAAGUGGCACAACUUGGAGUCUGCACCAAAGAUACUCCGGGAUGUUAAAGUGAUUACAAUAGACAACAGGUUUGUUUACAUGGCAGCUCGCACACCAGUUGAUGGAGAUAAUGAAGAUGGCUUAAGGUCUGUCAUUAUUCGUUAUGAUGCAGACACACGACAAUGGCGAGAUUGUGAGUCUCUGCCACUCCUUGACAAUUAUUGCUGUUUCCAAAUGGUUGUGGAGAACACCAAUUUUUAUCACACCGCUUCAUGUUGUCCCAGAAGCUAUCCUCUAGACCAUGAAGAGGCCAAGAGAAAAAUCUCUAACCAAGUAUCUGAUGACAUUCUGGAAAGCUUACCAUCAGAGGUUCUUAGCAUUGAAGGGGCAGCUAUCUGCUAUUACAAAGAUGAUAUCUUCAUCAUAGGUGGAUGGAAGAACAGUGAUGAUAUUGAUAAGCAGUACAGAAAAGAGGCCUACCGCUACUGUGCUGAGAAGCAGCGUUGGCUGUUACUUCCUCCUAUGCCUCAGCCUCGCUGCCGUGCUACAGCCUGUCACGUGAGAAUCCCCUUUCGGUCCUUACAUGGUACCCAGAAAUAUCCAAUGCCGCAAAACCUAAUGUGGCAGAAGGACCGGAUCCGGCAGAUGCAGGAGAUACACCGACAUUCCUUAAGUUUACGGAGGAUGCCUCGGUCUCAGAUCGAAUGCUAGCUUGAAUAAAUGCCAUCAGAAAUACAUGUCUGUAAUUGUCAUGCCUGGAAUGUACUUAAACUGCUUAAUCAUUGGAGACAAAUCUUUCUUGGUGUUAAGUAUUUGAUCUGGAUUACAAGCAUCAUGUGGAAAUUUGGUGUAUACUGGCCAUAAAUAUGGAGGUAGGCAGACAUGUUAAAUCUUACAACCUGUUGGUUUCUCCACAAAUAUGAGUCCAACAAAAUAAUUGUUUUUGCACUUUGUGGAUGUGUUCAGGUAGUACAAAGAUUUAGCACAGCUUUUUCCUUGCAGCUUUUUGUAUUGGACUCCCUUUUUGUGUAUUGGAUCAUGUCAUCCCACUGUAUAACAUUUAUACAGCUGAUGUGAAAUAUUCUAAUUUGUUAUAAAAUGUUGGUGUAUAUGGAAAACACCAUUUCAUGGUUUUCUUAAAAAAUAUUUUUAUCUGCUUUUGCAGAGGUAUUUCCUCUUUUUAAUCUGCUGUAAAUCUGCUUAUUUCUGUCAAAUUUGAAGAUGUGCAGUAGUAAAAAAAGUUUACAAAAGGAAUAAAGCACAAACUUUCUAAGAAUUUCAACAUGUUCCAUGAUUAAAUACUUUAAAAUUGUAUUUAUCUAAACGCACUUGAAGUUGCUAAAUGAUAAACCUAAUAAUAAUUGUCACUCAUAUAAUGGACAUGUUCUGAGUUGUUUGAGGACAUCACUAUUAUUUUUAGUGAUGAUCAUUCUGCUAUUUAAGUGCCCCACAAAUUUCUCAUUAAUAAAUUUUAUUUAAUUGGUUCAGAAUUGUGGCCUUAAAAAAUGAAUGAAAUGACCAAAAAGAUCCUAAUUCAUAACUAAGGAUUUGUGAGUUUCUCAUGGAAGAAUUAAAGCUGUGUAAACUUGGGUGUUAAUAUCUGGGCAAGCCUAACUACCAUCUGAUCUACCAUCUGAUAAUCAAAGCCUCUUGUCUUAAAUGAUACACCAUUCUUUAUGUGGACAGUAGGCUCUUCAAUUUUGAGUAGAAAAUUUGCCUAUUACCUGAGUAAUUAUUCUAGAAAUUAAGAACCCAAAACUCCCAGUCCUAAUUAUAUUUAUAUAUUUUAUAUGGCAGCAUAUAAAAUUUAUUCUCACCCAAGAUAAUUCUUGAUAUAAAUUAUUUGCUGUUUUUUGUCUUCUCCACUAGUCUGGUAGUAAGCAGAGUCUUAUUUUGUUUAAAGUUCUGAUAGUUUAAUGGAAGAUGCAGAAUAUGUCCAGAUGAUACAAAUGUAUUUUUAUUGGACUAAAGAGUACUUAGAACACUACAGAGAUGUUUAGGUAGGCAAACUGAUAUGAAGCAUUUAUGCAAUAUUUAAUGUAUGCUUGUUGAUCCAAUAGAAUAUUUUAUUUUUAAAUUAUUUUGCAUCACAGGUAUAUGUCUCAAGGUGUUAAAAAUGUAACAUGAUAUUCUUAUCUUUUACUCCCUUUUCUAAAAACACGAAUACACACACAUACACACACACACACACACACACACUAUUUAUCCUACCUCUUCAAAUGAUUGAAAUAAAUUAACCAGAAACCAUCUUUAGCUAAGUAGAACAUCUUUUAAUUUCUUCUCUUUGCUUUGUGUCAGAAAUAUAAAGAUGUAGUGAUGACAAUGUCUAAGGAAGUUUUAAGAAAAAUCUAGAUCAGAUACAUGUGAUCAUGAAAUGAUGUGCAAAUAGAAUCCUCAGAAAAAGAAUUGAUUUCUUCAUCUGAAUAUUUUCUGAGAAGGAUCUAAAAUAGUAGUCUUCAUCUAGGUCUACUUUUCUCUUAAUUUUUUUUCUUUUAUCUUUGGGAGAACUAAGAGGAGAUAAAUAAACAAAAUCAGUACGAGAGAUGCCUGUAUUGGUCAAUAUUAUUAUUGAUGGUGUUUGAUUGCUAAAUAACUCUGUCUUAAGUUUUAGCACGCUUUUUAAAAUAUAAAAAGAAUAUUACAGACUGACUGAUACUGUUUUCCAAUUUAGCAGGAAACCUAAUUCAUGUCUGAGAUACUGGGGUAAGUGUUUCAAUUGCAUGUGUGCAGAUUUUCCUAACUUAUCUUUGCUCUUCUAAUACUUCUAUUUAUUAUAUAGCUGUAUAGUGGGUGGGGGCAGGGUUAAUCUUGGCUGAAGUAAUAAUCCUAAUAUCAAAUUAAGACUAACAUGUUUUUAUCCGACAGCGUCACAGUUAUUAACAAUCAAAUUGUGCCGCUUGCCUGCCUUAAAGAUACUUUUAUCAGUCACUUUUUUAUGAUAUAAUAGCUGCUUCAGAAAGCAAUUUAUCUUCUGGAAAUCUUUUGACAUUCCAAAGCUGCAAGGUCUAAACUCCCUUCCUCAAAACUAAUUAAGUAUGCUUCUUAAGAACAUAAUCUAGUCCCAAGCCUAGACACAGCUGUAUGCAAAAUUUAAAACUUUAAUUGGAAAUUAUACCUUUUCAAUCUGUUAUUUUUCUUAGAUCUCUCAGUAUUCCCUUUAAUAUAGCUAUAGCUGUAGUACUUGAAAUUAAGUGUCUUAUAUUUAUUUAGUAAUAACACCCUUGACAAAAUUUCAAUUACCUGAAAUGAAACACAUUUAAAAUCUUGUAGUAGUAUAUAUGGCCUUCAUUGCAAAGAAGGCUAAAUCACAAAUAAUCUAUUGACUAUAUUAAUUAAAAUGCUUGUUCAAAAUGCUUGUUUAGUCUGAUAAGCUUUGUAUAACUUUAGUUAUGAGUCACUUUGGUUGUUUGGGAAUGCAGUCACUUACAGCUAUUUACAUACCUUGCUUGAAGAUUUCAAUUUGUAUGAAGAGGUAAGAGCAGUAUGGAAAGCAGUCACAUUGUAUAAUAUGUAGCAUUAAAUGUCAGAAUUUCUUAAUGUCUGGAUAUUACACUACUAACUUGUUCCUUUGGUCUGAAUGCACAACUCUGGUUUGCAUGUGGUUUCUUAUUCUUAUUUAGUCAUGACAAUCUUGACCAAAUUGCCUUGUAGCAAAAGGAACAAUUACUAAAAUAUUUCCAUUUAGAAUUAUUAAGAGAUUGAGAUUAUGUUCCUCAGCAUACCUGAGAGUUUCAAUUAAAUGAAUGGGACUUCUGCCUGAGUGAAAAUAAUUAGAAAUAUGUUGUGUGAACAAAAUAUACUUCUAAUUAUUGCAGUGGAGAUGUUCAAAGACAGGCAGACAUCAAAGCUAGAUAGAGUCUUAAGAGACAAUAUUUUUUAAGUUGCAUUUCUACUGAAAAAAUAUAUGGUUCAACAGUUUGCCUUUUAUGAUCAUAGUUUUUUUUUAUAAUAAACGAGUAUUAUUACUAGAGUAAUGUUGUCUGAAGGCUAUAUUCAUAGGUACCUGCUCUUCAUAUAUUGGAACUCCUGUUUUGUAUUUGUGUGUCUGUUUCACUAAAGCUCAAUUUCACAAGAAAAGUAACUACAUAUAUCAGUACAAUGUUAUUAUGGUAAUCUGUUAUUGCUAUAACAUCUACCACAAAAACAUUAGAAAUAUGUUAUGUUAGUCAUUUUUAACAGUAUGACAAUAAGCCAUUUGCCAAGAGUUCCUACAAAAGAAUAGUUCUUUUCUAUCUUGGACUCACAUUGUGCAAAUGACGAUGUGGGAAGAGUGACUCAGGAGAAGGUGGAGAAUUUUCCUCUUUUGCAGGAAACUGGUAGUAUCAGCUGUGCUGUAAAAUGUUUUGUGAAAGUAUAGAAGCAGCAGGUUUUAAACCUAAUUUUCUCUCUCAUCAAUAUCUCUUACAAUUCUGGGAAAGGAUUAUGUGUUUACAAUGGUUGUAAAUCUGUUAAUGAUAUAAAUUGAUGCCAAGCUGAUACUGAUGGACCUCUUAACUUACUGGCCUUCUCUAAAUUUGAAAAAAAACAGUAAAAAUAUAACACCUUAUAAAAUAUAAAACUUUUUCUCCUAAGAGUUCAUAAUGGAAGUUACUCGUAAAAUAACUUCCCAUUUCAUUUUUCGGUUAUGAUCCUAAUUUACGUUUGGUCUGUUCCUCAAUAAAUGGGUUAGCUCUCAGAUUGCAAUGCAGAAUUUUCACCUGGUUCAGGCAGAAUACUCUAGAUGCUAUGCUGGCCUCUAAACUUUAUUUUUUAAAAUGCAAUUCAUUAUGUGCUAUAUUACAUUGUGUAACACUAAAGACUAAUUCAAUAAACAUUUUAUUUCUCUA